AUGGCGGGCCCCGUCUCUUCCCUUCUCUCUCACUAUACUCUCUGCCCAUCACCGCGGCUGAGCCGCCGCACUCUUCCGCCGCCAUCGCUGCCUACUGCAGACCCACCGCCGUUGAUCCCUCUCAGAGUUGUGCGCCCUUCACUCUUCCCUUUUCUCUCUCUCUCACACUAUACUCUCUGCCCACCAUCGCCUUCGCUGCCCAUCUCCGUCGCCGAGCCGCCGCACUCUACCGUUGCCGUCGCCGCACUCCACACAUUGCAAGUGGCUGGAAACCAUAUUCAGAAGGGGGCACGAUUAGUAUACAACAUAGCCAUUAUCAACCAUUAUUUUUUGGUACCUUUAAUAUUGGCACAAGGUUUGUGGAUGGAAGAGCUCCAUAUCCAAUCUUCCUUGCUUAAUGCUUUCAACCAAUAUGUUACAUUAUUCUGUUACUAAAUUACAGUAUUGUAGAGCUUUCUGCAUAUGUUUUGAUUGCAUGUCUUUAGCUUGGAAGAUGUUGUCUUUGUUCAAUUUUGCAAAGGCUUGCCCUAUGAUAUAGAAAUUUGUUGUCAUGAUCUUUUGUUUCUA